GUGUUUUGUCGUCACAUUUCGUCCUGCAGCCCGACGAGCUGCUGAGCUGCUGCUGGGAGACGAUGUUUGAAGAACAAAGAUUGUGUCCAGAAGUUUAUUAAAUUUCCGCCGGACAGGCAGCAGAGACUCAGAUAAGAAGCUGAUCUGUUUGAUCCGGUCAAACAUGAUGGAGGAGGAAGACCUGCAGUGAUGGAGAGUCUGGACUGAGUCUGAAGUGCGCCCCCUUCUGGCUGGCCGCCAUGCUGCACCUGCUGCUUUCCGUCUACAUCCUCACCUUCCUGAUGGGCGUCCCCACCAACAUCCUGGCUUUCUGCACCUUCUGCCGUAAGGUGCGUCGCAAGGCGACCCCGAUCGACGUCCUCCUGCUGAACCUCACCAUCUCGGACCUGAUCUUCUUGGCGUUCCUGCCCUUUAAGAUGAAGGAGGCAUCCGAUAACCUUGCCUGGAUGCUGCACUACGAGCUGUGCCCCUUCACUGGGUACGUGUUCUACGUCACCAUCUACAACAGCACGUUGCUGCUAACCGCUGUUAGCGUGGAGCGCUACCUGGGAGUUGCCUACCCGCUCAGGUACUCGGUGUGGCGCAGGCCUCGCUAUGCCGUGGUGGCCAGCAUGAUGUUCUGGGUGGUGACCUGUCUGAACCUCAGCAUCGUCUACAUCAUGCCCUACUCCCAGUGGAGGACAGGAUCCAACGGCAGCACGCCGGUGCCGCCUCCAACCACCUGCUACCUGAACUUCACCGAGGACGAGCUCGACAUCCUGCUGCCGUUCCGCCUCGAGCUCUUCCUCGUCCUCUUCUGCAUCCCCUUCUUCAUCAGCUGCUUCUGCUACGUCAACUUCAUCCUCAUCCUGUCCCGACUCCCAAACAUCGGCCGGCGGCGGAGGCUUCGCUGCAUCGGUUUAGCGCUCAGCACGCUGAUCGUAUUCGCCGUCUGCUUCGGGCCUUACAACGCCUCCCAUGUGGUGGGCUUCGUCCGGAAGGAGAGUCAGGAGUGGAGGAACGUGGCGCUGCUCUUCAGCACCUUCAACGCCUGUCUGGAUCCGUUUAUCUUUUAUUUUUCCUCAGCGGCCGUCAGGAGCAUGUUGAAGAACUGCUUCAGGAACGUCGCGCCGAAGCUGCACAUCCUGAGAUGUGGAGCAGUUCCUCACAGCCCUAAACACAAACCCUCCAAAACUGAAAAAUACCGGGAAGCAGCACCUCCCUGAAAGUCCAGCAGAAAUCAGAAUUCAGGAAAUAUGCACACACAGACUUCUGAAAAAUACUUUGGAUGCAUGCUAUGGUUUGUCUUUCCUGAGAAGUCAUUUUCACAGUUCAGUAUCUCCUGAAGUAAAACUCAUACGGCCAUGAAACGAGAUCACAGAACUGGGUCAUGCAGAUCUAAAUGAUGGAAUGGUUCAAGCAGGUGCCAAGUUUCAAUUGUUGACCCUUAAAAAUGGAAAAUAGUAAAGCAAAAUUUCAAAUGUGGCUGGCAUAGUGUCUCCAUAAAGUUCCUGUAAGUGUAUAUCUAUAUGGAUGGAUCCAUAUUUCUACUAAAAUACAGUCUUUGGUCGUCAUUUCACCAACUUUUGAGGCUCUAACAUCAGUAGAAUCUGAUGUGUGGAAAGUUUGACCAGACAAGGUUCCAGUAUUUAGAUAUUUAGACUAAAUGUUGACGUGGACUCAUUGGUAGGAACCAGAACCUGGUGUUCAUAGAGGUCUAGAUGUCCAUAGAGGUCUAGAUGUUCAUAGAGGUCUAGAUGCUGGUGUUCAUAGAGGUCUAUAUAUUCAUAGAGGUCUAGAUGUCCAUAGAGGUCUAGAUGUUCAUAGAGGUCUAGAUGCUGGUGUUCAUAGAGGUCUAUAUAUUCAUAGAGGUCUAGAUGUUCAUAGAAGUCUAAGAUGUUGGUGUUCAUAGAGGUCUAGAUGUUGGUGUUAGAUAUGCAGAGUUUCUUUCAUGUUGUCUCCAUGUUGGAAUUUAACAGCGUAUGAGGAUUAUUUUGCCCAACAGAAGUUCCCAUACAUGUACUGGAAACAGUAAACACAGAAACGGACAAUAAAUGAACACACAUGACAAUAAAUGUCCUGUUUAUUGAAACAGAUGACAAGAAACUGGAGAUGAAUGUUGGACUAAAAACGACAAAAGGAACAAAGCAAAAUAAGUCAAUAUCCUUGUUGGUCUUGUCUAGUUUGUAUUGACAUUAUCUCCUCAUGGUUGGAGCUGGAUGGUGACAGAACAUCACCAACAGAUAUUAUCAGAUGGAGGAGACUUUACAAACACGGAAAGGACACAGACUGACCCCUAAGUUAUGCAAAAAAAUUGACAAAAUGAAGGUCCAGGAACUGUUCUUAUCCUCCAACCAAUAAAAGGGACUUCAGGGAGAUUGUUGGUGGAUCAGUUACUGUUUGUGUCGUUGUCUCACUUUACAAAGUUCAAGUUUCUGUGUCUGCUUUUGUCGACCUACAAUAUUCAAAGUGAUAACAUGAUAUUAUGUGGAGUUAGAACCACUACAGAUGUGUUUGUGUUGAUUAAGUUCUUUGUACAGGUUUGAGGUUAGCGUUAGAUUUCUACAAAAUAAUGUCAACUAAUUAAAAGUA